AAACAUAAAUAUCGAUAACAAACCAUCUUCUUCUUUUUACGUUACAUGGUUGUUGAAUCUUCAUCAAUGGCAACAAAGAUUGGAAAAGAAGAGGUUGCUGAGGUCGAGCUUGAGCUAUGUCUUUCUCUGGGAGGUCCUUUCAAGAAAACAGAGAAAGCACAACCGUUAGAGUUUCGUACGGACAGCAAACCUAACGCCGUCAGAUGUGUGGAGGAUAUUGACGUUGAUCUUGACGACGGAACGGCAAAGCACGAGAUCAAUGCGACGAGGAGAAAGGAACGGGAAGCGAAGGAGCAGCGGAGAAGCGGAGGAGAAGGAGAGUGCAAGAGGAUCAGAACAGAAUGUAAAGAAGUUUCAAGCUCGUCCGACGUAUCUGAUCCAAGCAGCUGCUCUCGCCAAGAAGGUGGAAGUUGCGAGUUUGGGAUAAACUCUGGCCAAACCAAACUUGUUGAAUCUCCGAUUAACAACUUUCCGACUGGUAUAGCUAAAAACGUAAGGAGCACGGACAGUCAGAAUGAUGUGGUGGUAGUGGAGACACAAGAAAGGUCCAACUCACUAGCCAAAGAGACUGGGAAGCCUCCAAAGCCGCGUCCCAACGGUAAUGGCAGUAUGCUUCCGUUUGCUCAGAUGCCGUGCGUGACCAGCACCGGUAACGGACCACAGGGCAAAACCGUUAAUGGGUUUCUGCAUCGGUACACAAAAUCAGAGAUCAGUAUAAUAUGCGUCUGCCACGGAACGUCAUUCUCGCCGGCUGAGUUCAUCAUUCACGCCGGUGGAACCAAUGUGUCGCAUCCGUUAAGGCAUAUAACUGUUGUUCCGUCAAAGUUUUAACUAGCUUUCCUUC